UUGCAUAGUUCCACGCUGUCCUUUAUAUGGUUUGCGUGCCAAUUUGUUUGGGCGCUCCUAAUACGUGUAAUACGGUAUGUCGUUCACCUAUCCCGACGCCGUUUCGGCUUCCGUAUCCACCACAACCAAUCGAAGGCGCGUUUCUUCAGCCGGCGGUCGGCGAUGUCUUCCGUGAGACGGCGGCAGGUCGAUGUAAACAAACGGCUCCAAGAAUUCGCGAGCUAAAAAAAAAAGACACAAAUAAAAUAAAACAGCUUCGAUAUAGAGAAACUAAGAAAGAAAAACGGCAGCUCCCGCUGAUAGGACGACCGCACCCCCGUUACACAAAUACCUUAUCCAAGGCAGGAGUUGGACAGAAGUCGUCUCUGUUUUCUCGCCGUUGUUUUUUUUACUUUAAAUUGUUUAUUUUUUCUUUUUAAAUCCCUCCGGUUUAAUAUGCUACAAUGUUCAAGAAUGUGUUCGCUUCCGGCUUCCUGGUGCGCACGGCGCAUACGGUGCUCACCUGGUCAGUCGCCCUGGUUCUCUUCUUGCACGACACAGAUUUGCGGAAACAGGAAGAGAACGGCGAGCUGCUGCAGCCUGUGCUCUUCGUCCUGCUGGUGCUCGCCUCUGUCUUGCUGUAUUUUGCAGUGUCCUUGAUGGAUCCUGGGUUCAUCCUCUCCGAUAACGAAAUGAAGUUUACAUGUGGGUUGAGUGAAGAGCAGCAGGAAAUGAUCCCUCAGACGUCAAAGGCGCUGAAACAGCGACGCUGUGGCUACUGCCUACUGCAGCAGCCAAUGAGAGCCAAGCACUGCCAGACCUGCAAGCGCUGCGUGCGACGUUAUGACCACCACUGUCCCUGGAUAGAGAACUGCGUGGGGGAGCGGAACCACCGGUGGUUCAUUCUCUACCUGUGGGUCCAACUGGGCGCCCUGCUUUGGGGUUUUCACUUUGCCUGGUCUGGAUUCAGCUAUGCUCCGACUUGGAAGAGCUGGCUACAACAAAAUGGCUUCCUGUUGGCAGCUUUCUGCCUAGUGGCCGUGUUCUCCGUUGUGGUGAUUCUCCUGUUGGGCUGCCAUCUCUACCUGGUCUCCUGCAACACCACCACCUGGGAGUUCAUGUCUCGCCACCGCAUUUCCUACCUGAAGCACUGUGGGACCGACGAGAACCCAUUUGACCAAGGAACCAUUCGCAACCUGUGGAGCUUCUUCUGUGUUUGCCAUACGGUUGUUUGGGAGAAGGUCUACUUCCGAGAAGGCAGUGACCCAGUUUAGGUUAACUUUCAUCUUCUCUAUCACACUUUCCAAUCCAAUAAGUAGACUAAGAACUCAUUUUUGGGUUGUGUGGAAGCAGACUCUUGGCCUAUUAACCUACUGUAUUAGUUUAUUAACAAAAUUUGUCAAUCUUCUGAUUUUGUUCAACUCACAUGACUAAAAUCCUGUCAUCCAGAUGCAUGUGGGCAGCACUAUGAACAAAGAGAAGAAGUCGGAAGUAUUAACUACUAUAUAGAAACAAAGUGUUAAAUGGCAACUUGCAUAUGAGUAGUGUGUGGCACUCUGUAACGGACAGAGUCCUCCUGUAAUGUGCGAUAUCUGUGCUGUGGGUGGGUGUUUGUGUAAAGCUGCCAUUGUCUUCGUAAUCCAGAACCAAUUGUGGCCCCUUGUGUUGAACCAUUAGAGUCACCGCAGGAGGGGCAUGCGGCCCCAACUGUCAAGUCCCUUCACACUGACACAAGUGACAGAAGCGCAUCCCAAGUUCAUGUUCUGUUUAAGCUCUUAACUGAGAACAAGCACUGAGCAGCAGCAAUAAUUGAAGCCGUUAUGCCAGUGGGUCGUUGGCUUUUAUUUAUUAACGAUCACGCCUCGGGGACCGUGUUUCUGUUGAAAAUGACAUGAGGUUAUGAUAAUAGUUAUUGGAGGAAAAUACCGUAGAACUGGCCUUCUACUUGUGCACAAGACACUGUUUUGGUAAGGCGACUGUUUACUCUAUGCAUUUUAUAUGAAGACAGUAACUUUUUACAAAUUAUUUGUGAGAUUAGAAUAUGUCAGUUUGUGAUCUUAAAAAUUUGUAAUAUUUUUAAAAAUAAACCUUGUCCAGUCGUG